AUACACACCCAAAUUAAUAUGUGGAGUAGAAUUGUUAAAAAUAGAAAGGGGGUACAUUUACGUGUAACAUUAUAGCAAGUGAUAAUAAUAUUCCCAAAUUAGGUGAUAUAAUAAUAUAUUCUUCCACCACCACCACCAGCAACAGAAGCAUCAUAAACAACUGGUGGUUGUUACCGGCGGUUACACCAUGGGGAGAGGUAAGGUGACGUUGAAGAGAAUCGAAAACAAAAUCAAUCGACAGGUAACCUUCUCGAAACGGAGGUCUGGAUUGUUGAAGAAAGCUCACGAGAUCUCCGUACUGUGUGACGUUGAUGUCGCUCUCAUCGUCUUCUCCACCAAAGGAAAGCUUUCUGAAUACGCUACUAAUGCUUCAAUGGUAAGGAUCCUUGAAAGGUAUGAACAACAUUCAUACACAGAAAAGGAGCUUAAUGGGACCAAUAAUCAAUCUAAAGGAAGCUGGACUCUGGAACAUGCAAAAUUGAAGGCUAAAUUUGAGCUCUUGCAGAAAAACCAAAGGAAUUUUAUGGGAGAAGACCUUGAUUCCUUGAGUAUCAAAGAGCUUCUGAAUUUGGAACAGCAGCUUGAAGCGGCUCUUAGACGUCUUAGACUGAAAAAGAACCAGAUGAUGCUUGAAUCAAUUUCGGAGCUCCAAAAGAAGGACAAGUCUUUGCAGUAUCAAAAUAGCUUGCUCUUGAAGAAGAUUAAAGGAAAGGAAAAAGAAUUAGCCGAACCGCCUCUUGUGGACCAGCAAACUCAAGAGAAUAUGGUCUCAUUCCAGUUAAACCUUGGUGAGGCAUACCAAGCUGCAGGAUGUGAUGGAGAAUUGGAAGAUACACAGAGAGAAAGUCAACCGUUGACCGUCAUUCCUUAUUGGAUGCUUAAUCUCAUGAGCCAGUAGAUGAAUUUCUAUAUAUAUAUAUAAAGACAGACAGGUACGGUUGAUGAGGAAUGAAGAGGUUAAGUCUUUAUAUAUAUGUUUCCCGAACAUAACAGACGUAGAUGUUAAAACAAUAUAGUAUGUUUAUACAAGUUGCAAUAAAUGUGUAUGUAAUUUA